AAGGGCAGGAAAUCCAUCAUCCACCCGUUGAAGCAGAGGAGCAGGGCCCUGAAAAAGGAAUCACCACUACACCGCCCCAGUCCCCGGGCCAAGCUAGGAAUGGGACCGCAGUGCACGCUGGCACGGUAGCACUAGCAGUCUAGCAGAGCCUGGGAAUUAAAGCCUCGUCCCAAUUUCCAAAUUCCAAUUGCAGCCUCCCUCAGGUUUUGGCUCUGUUGUCUGUCAGACUCUGGCCGUCCAUCUUUCCUAUUUAAAAACCCUAAAAUUGUAAUAGAAAUAGAGUUUGCCUCUACAAUCCGCGCUCACAGUGUCGUCAGGGAUGGAGGAGGAGCGUACAGCCGGGGAUGGGAACUGAAAAAUGUACGGUUGUUCGUCCAAGAUAUUCCGAAUGGCAUCCUCCGUUUCUAGAACCCUAAUAAAGCUCCGAUUUGCCAUUCCAACUCCUACUCCUCACAAGUGGGAUCCACUAGCAAUCUCUCCCUGGAAAUGCUCUUCCUCCUUCUCUUCUCCUGCUCCACCUCGACCUCUCUCCACUAUUACCCAGUCUCUGUCGCCUCAGUCUUCGUCGUCUUCUCAAUCUCAGGCUCAAGAUGAGAAGACGGGUGGGAGAUGGUCGAGGUGGUUACUCUUCCUUCCUGGGGCGAUCACGUUUGGCCUCGGAACUUGGCAGAUCUUCAGAAGGAAAAAUAAGAUAGAAACGCUGGAGUAUAGAAAGAAAAGAUUGGAACUAGAACCUGUAUUGUGGAACAGUAUAUCUUCAUCAGAUGGAGAUAUGAAUUCUCUUGAGUUUAGGAAGGUGAUAUGUGAAGGGGUUUUUGAUGAAAGUAAAUCCAUCUAUUUGGGCCCACGAUCUAGGAGCAUUUCGGGAGUGACGGAGAAUGGCUAUUAUGUUAUCACACCUCUAUUACCAUUGGCAGACAGCUCUGAGAGUGUGCAGUCUGCAGUUUUGGUUAAUAGAGGAUGGGUCCCACGCAACUGGAAGGACAAUUCUUCUGAAGUUUCACAAGAUGGUGAACAGCCUCAAAAUUUACCUUCCCCCAAUACUACCAAGAAUGAAGGGAAUUCUCAGUGGAGGUUUUGGUCCAAGAAGCCUACAACGAAUCAAGCUUGUGGUAUUACUCCUGUUAAAAUUAUUGGUGUAGUUCGUGGGAGUGAGAAGCCUAGCAUCUUUGUUCCGGAGAACAAUCCAAGCUCUGGUCAGUGGUUCUAUGUUGAUGCUCCUGCCAUUGCACGUGCUUGUGGACUUCCAGAGAGCACUGUAUACAUUGAAUAUAUCAAUGAUGACGUCAAUCCUUGUAAACCGUACCCUAUCCCAAAGGAUGUCAAUGCUUUAAUUCGCAGUUCAGUUAUGCCACAAGACCAUUUAAAUUAUACAUUGACGUGGUAUUCAUUAUCAGCUGCAGUAACCUUCAUGGCUGUCAAGAGAGUGAAGCCAAGUAAGAGCCGCAGGUAGCAGCUCUUUGCCACAGGGUUCCACCGUUUGUUUAUUCAAAUAAUCUGUUAGGAACCCACAGGAAUUUUACCUGAAAAUAAUGAAAUAUUUAGAACUCAUUUAGCCUUUUGAUUUCUUCUGCCUUCUCAGAGGGGAGAGAGUUCGGUUUUGAGAUUUUUGUGAUCUUUUGCCAUUUCAUACAUGUGAUGACUGUUGUAUCUCCAAAGUGGAAGAUACAUUUCUCAAGUGAUUCUUUGUUUGAGCGCAACUGUUAAUUUAAGUUUAUUAACAUGAUGGCACUUAAAAUUACUGAAAUGAGAAUAAAGUUAUUCGGGUAA